AAAAAAAAACUGUAACUGUCAUCGUACCCAGUGAAAGAGUUGUCAUCUUCAUCAUCAUCUUCCCCAAUCAUUCUCUUGUGAAAAUUCACUUUCCCGGUGAAUCAUUCAACCAUUGAAGUUUAGAGAUGUCGUCGAACUCCACGACGGAGGAUACCGUCGCCGUUCCACUAAUCUCCUCCCUCCGCCGAGCUACUAACUCUACUUCUCAAGUCGCAAUCGUCGGUUCCAACGUCUGUCCAAUCGAAAGCCUCGAUUACGAGAUCGCGGAGAAUGAUUUCUUCAAACAGGACUGGAGAGGUCGUAGUAAAGUUGAGAUUUUCCAAUACGUGUUUAUGAAGUGGCUGCUUUGUUUUUGUAUUGGUAUUAUUGUUAGUCUCAUCGGAUUUGCUAAUAAUCUCGCCGUUGAGAAUCUCGCCGGUGUUAAGUUCGUCUUCACUUCUAAUAUGAUGAUUGCUCGAAGGUUUGGUAUGGGAUUUGUUGUUUUCACUGUUAUAAACUUGGUUCUUACUCUCUUUGCGUCGGUCAUUACGGCUUUUGUCGCGCCUGCUGCGGCAGGUUCCGGUAUACCGGAAGUUAAGGCUUAUUUGAAUGGUGUUGAUGCUCCGGAGAUAUUCUCGCUUCGUACUUUGUUUGUUAAGAUCAUUGGGAACAUAUCUGCAGUGUCAGCGUCUCUUCUCAUAGGUAAGGCAGGGCCUAUGGUGCAUACUGGUGCUUGUGUUGCAUCUAUACUUGGUCAGGGCGGCUCCAAAAGAUAUGGAUUGAACUGGAGAUGGCUUAGAUUUUUUAAAAAUGAUAGAGACCGAAGAGAUCUUGUUACUUGUGGGUCAGCUGCUGGGAUUGCUGCCUCGUUUCGUGCUCCAGUUGGUGGUGUCCUGUUCGCUCUUGAGGAGAUGUCAUCUUGGUGGAGGAGUGCACUUUUAUGGAGAAUCUUCUUUUCGACGGCUGUCGUGGCAAUUGUCCUCAGGGCUCUAAUCGAUGUGUGUUUAAGUGGGAAGUGCGGGUUAUUUGGUAAAGGAGGCCUAAUAAUGUUCGAUGUCUAUUCAGAAAAUGCGUCUUAUCACUUGGGGGAUGUACUUCCUGUUCUUCUCCUUGGAGUUGUCGGUGGUAUUUUAGGAAGCUUUUACAACUUUCUACUGAAUAAGGUUCUGCGAGCUUACAACUUGAUAUAUGAGAAAGGGGUUGCUAGUAAAAUCUUCCUCGCUUGUGCGAUAUCAAUUUGCACGUCCUGUCUUCUUUUUGGAUUACCAUUUCUUGCAUCAUGCCAACCUUGCCCUGCUGAUGCCAUAGAAGAGUGCCCUACAAUUGGACGGUCUGGCAACUUUAAGAAGUACCAAUGCCCCCCUGGUCACUACAAUGAUCUAGCUAGCCUCAUUUUCAACACAAAUGAUGAUGCUAUCAAAAACCUUUUCAGCAGAAACACUGACUUCGAGUUUCAUUAUUUCUCGGUUCUCGUAUUCUUUGUCACCUGUUUCUUUCUCAGUAUCUUUAGCUAUGGCAUUGUUGCUCCAGCAGGUCUCUUUGUACCGGUUAUCGUAACAGGAGCAUCGUAUGGACGCUUUGUAGGGAUGCUGCUUGGUUCAAACUCGAAUCUUAAUCACGGUCUGUUUGCUGUGCUUGGUGCUGCGUCCUUUCUUGGUGGAACAAUGAGGAUGACAGUUUCCACAUGUGUUAUUCUCCUUGAGCUGACCAACAAUCUGCUACUACUACCUAUGAUGAUGGUGGUCCUUCUGAUUUCAAAAACAGUUGCAGAUGGUUUCAAUGCUAACAUCUAUAAUCUCAUCAUGAAAUUAAAAGGGUUUCCUUACCUCUACAGCCAUGCAGAGCCUUACAUGAGACAGCUUCUAGUUGGUGAUGUAGUCACAGGCCCACUUCAAGUCCUCAAUGGCAUCGAGAAAGUCGAGACAAUUGUACACGUUCUCAAAACCACUAAGCACAAUGGCUUCCCCGUGAUUGAUGGACCGCCACUUGCUGCAGCUCCUGUUCUACACGGUCUAAUCCUCCGGGCUCAUAUUCUUACGCUGCUAAAGAAACGAGUAUUCUUGACUAGUCCAGUGGCUUGUGACUCCAAUAUCCUUUCCCAAUUCAAGGCAGAUGAAUUUGCUAAGAAGGGUUCUGGAAGAGGUGAUAAAAUAGAAGAUGUGGAACUAACCGAGGAAGAAUUGAAUAUGUAUUUGGAUUUACAUCCGUUCUCUAAUGCCUCGCCUUACACUGUUGUGGAGACCAUGUCACUUGCAAAGGCCCUAAUCCUCUUCCGCGAAGUUGGGAUAAGGCACUUAUUGGUCAUACCAAAAACCUCCAAUAGACCUCCAGUGGUAGGUAUAUUGACGCGGCAUGACUUCAUGCCGGAACAUAUACUAGGCCUGCAUCCGUCUCAGUCACGGAGCAGGUGGAAAAGGCUUCGGAUUCGGCUGCCUUUCCUCUCUUGAAGUUAUUCAGCUGCAUGUCUACUUUCUUUCAAGUAUGACAGCUCUGAUCAACUCUCAAUGAUUAUAUAUUUGCAAAUGUUCUUUGUGGUAAUUAUUCGACUUUGUAUAUGAAUCAACAUUUCUUUUAGUGUUAGAGAUACAAAGAUCUGAUGCAGAGAGAGUUUAUAAAUGUUUUAUUUCUUGGAAGAAAGCUGGCUCUUAUUUGCCUAACCAUUAGAACAUGUCAGAGCUGAGGUUUUAAAAGCAAUUAUUUCAUGACCACCA